AUGGCGGCCGAAAAAGACGUCCACGAUGGCGUCUCAACGCCCGAGACCACCCAUGUCAACACGGAUCCUCGCUCUGGCGGUAUUCCGCCUGUCACCGGCAAGGCUGAGACUGCCUAUGGAGAAGGUACCCUAAGCCACGGAGCUGCCAUCCGUGACGACAACUUUUACACGCGAAAUGGUCUCAACUGGGAGUCUUUCAAGCCGCGUGACUACGGACGUGGCAUCGUUGAGCUCGACCGUACUAUGAAAACCCGCCAUCUGCACAUGAUUGCCAUUGGUGGUUCUAUCGGUGCCGGUUUCUUCGUCGGUUCGGGAGGUGCCCUCAGCACCGGUGUGAGUACUUACUUGUCUCAUGGACCCGGAUCUGUCUUCAUCGAUUUCUCGAUUAUCGGUGUUAUGAUGUUCAACGUCGUCUAUGCUCUUGGUGAACUCGCUGUCAUGUACCCUGUCUCUGGUGGUUUCUAUAUCUACUCGUCUCGUUUCAUUGAUCCUUCCUGGGGUUUUGCCAUGGGUUGGAACUACGUUUUCCAGUGGGCUAUCGUGUUACCUCUCGAAUUAACUGUAUGCGGCAUGACAAUCAGUUAUUGGGAAGGUGCUAGAGAUGUUAGUUUAGCGGUUUGGAUCACCGUUUUCUGGGUCGCCAUCAUCUUCAUCAACGUCUUUGGAACCCUGGGAUAUGCUGAGGAAGAGUUCUGGUCCUCUCUUCUCAAGCUUUCCGCUAUUGUCAUCUUCAUGAUCGUCGCUUUUAUCCUGGUUCUCGGAGGAGGUCCUUCCCACGGUCGCUACAAUGAAUACUGGGGAGCCCGAUACUGGUACGAACCCGGUGCCUUCCAGAACGGCUUCAAGGGAUUCUGCUCCGUCUUUGUCACUGCUGCGUUCUCCUUCGCUGGCACUGAGCUCGUCGGUCUGGCUGCUGCCGAGUCUAAGAACCCCCUGAAGUCUCUGCCCGGUGCUAUCAAGCAGGUCUUUUGGCGUAUCACGCUCUUCUACAUCCUUGGCCUCUUCUUUGUCGGUCUCCUCGUCCCUGCCGAUGACGAAACCCUCCUUGGCGCUGAGAACUCUUACCGCGAUGGUGCCUCGCCCUUUGUCAUUGCAGCUAAGCACGCAGGUCUUUACGGAUACGACCACUUCAUGAACGCCAUCAUUCUGGUCUCUGUUCUUUCCCUAGGUGUCUCUUGCGUCUACGGUGGCUCUCGUACCCUUACCGCUCUCGCGCAACAGGGCUAUGCUCCCAAGAUCUUCACCUACGUCGAUAAGGGUGGACGUCCCCUUCCCUCCGUCAUCGUCCAUCUGCUCUGCGGUGCUCUCGGAUUCAUGAACCUGUCCACUGACGGAGAGACCGUCUUCAACUGGCUUCUUAACAUGUCUGCCCUGGCUGCCCUCUUCACUUGGGGAUCCAUCUGCUUGGCCCACAUCCGCUUCCGCAAGGCUUGGGCUUACCACGGCCACACCGUCGACGAGAUUCCCUUCAAGGCUGCCCUUGGUGUUACUGGAUCCUGGAUCGGCCUUGGUCUUUGCAUCCUUGUUUUCAUUGCACAGACCUUCGUCGCGAUCGCCCCUGCCAAGAACGAUGACAAGCUCAACGAUGCCGAGGGCUUUUUCGAAGCCAUGCUGACUGUACCCGUCGUCAUUCUCUUCUGGGUCAUUGGAUUCAUCUGGAAACGCACUGGCUGGCUUCGCACUCACCAGAUGGACGUUGAUACCGGCCGUCGUGAACUUGACUGGGAGGAGAUCAACCGCUACAAGGCCGAGGUUGCAUCCUGGCCUACCUGGAAGCGCACGCUGAACAGAUUCUUUUAA